AUGCCUUCCGUUGUCGAGCAGUCGGUCGUCACGGAGGUUCCUGGACCUCUGUCCAAGGCCAGCCAGAAGAAGCUUGAUGCAUUCUUCGACGCCCGUGCUGUUUACUUCGUCGUCGACUACGAGAAGAGCCAUGACAACUACAUUGUCGAUGUUGAUGGUAACAAGUACUUGGACGUCUACUCUCAGAUCGCAUCCAUCCCGGUUGGUUACAACAACCCCACACUCAUCGAGGCCGCCAAGUCGCCCGAGAUGAUCUCCGCUUUGGUCAACCGCCCGGCCAUCGGUAACUUCCCUUCUACCUUCUGGCACGACAUCCUCCAGGAUGGUCUGAUGAAGGUCGCCCCUCAGGGCAUGAACCACAUUUUCACCGCCCAGUCCGGUUCCGAGGCCAAUGAGCUGGCUUACAAGGCUGCUUUCAUGCUUUACCGCCGCCGCGAGCGUGGUGAGGCUGAAUGGAGCCACGAGGAGAUUCACUCCUGCCUUCACAACACUUCUCCCGGCUCCCCCGAGCUCGCCAUCCUCAGCUUCAGGAACUCUUUCCACGGUCGUGGUUUCGGCAGUCUGUCCACUACCCGUUCAAAGGCCGUUCACAAGCUUGACAUUCCUUCCUUCAACUGGCCCCAGGCCUCUUUCCCCGCUCUCAAGUACCCUCUUGAGAAGCACGUUGCUGAGAACGAUGCCGAGGAGAAGCGCUGCCUGAAGGAGGUUGAGGAGCUGAUCAACAACUGGCACUGCCCCGUCGCUGCCAUCAUUGUUGAGCCCAUUCAGAGUGAGGGUGGUGACAACCAUGCCUCCCCCGCCUUCUUCCAGGGCCUGCGUGACAUUACCAAGAAGUACGAUGUCGUUAUGAUUGUCGAUGAAGUCCAGACCGGCUUUGGUGCCACUGGAAAGUUCUGGGGCCACGCCCACUGGAACCUUACCUCCCCCCCUGACAUCGUCACCUUCUCCAAGAAGGCCCAGACUGCCGGUUACUACUUUGGUGACCGCAUGCUCAUCCCUGACAAGGCUUACCGCCAGUUCAACACUUGGAUUGGCGACCCGGCCCGUGUCAUUGUCAGCAAGGCUGUCGUUGACGAGAUCAGCAAGAGGAACCUCGUUGAGCACACUGCUCGCGUCGGUGCUGUCCUCUAUGCUGAGAUGGAGAAGCUUGCUCAAAAGUAUCCCGACCACGUCCAGAACCUGCGUGGCAAGGGUCAAGGCACUUACAUCGCUUUCGACACCCAGAGUGCCGUCGCCGUUACCGGUGCUAUGAAGCGCCUGGGCGUCAACAUCGGUGCUUGCGGCAAGGACACCAUCCGUCUCCGCCCCAUGUUGAUCUUCGAGGAGUCACACAUUCCCAUCCUCAUCUCGGCCCUCGAGAAGACUUUCCAAUCUCUGUAA